UUCAACAUUUUUUGUUGCAACACAAAUCAAAAUGAAUCUUUACUCGUUUUUUAGCACUUUACUAAUACUACAUCUUGCAGUGCUUAUUCCCACUCUUAUAUGUGUUGAGAGUAGAAAUGUGGGGUUAAAGGAAUUCAUUAGUAGAGAUGAUGAUAAAACAUCUCAAGGUACAAGAUGGGCUGUUCUUCUUGCUGGUUCGAAUGGUUACGAGAAUUAUCGACAUCAGGCUGAUAUAUGUCAUGCAUAUCAAGUCUUAAAGAAAGGAGGACUAAAAGAUGAAAACAUAAUAGUUUUCAUGUAUGAUGAUAUUGUGUUCAAUGAGUACAAUCCAAGACCUGGUGUUAUUAUUAACAACCCUCGCGGCGAGGAUGUUUACUAUGGAGUUCCAAAGGAUUAUAUCGGAAAUGACGUAAAUGUUGGUAACUUUCUAAAUGUGCUUCUAGGAAAUAAAUCUGCUCUUACCGGAAAUGGUAGUGGCAAAGUCGUCUCAAGUGGUCCUAAGGACACUAUUUUCAUUUACUAUGCUGAUCAUGGUGCGGCUGGUUUACUCGGAAUGCCAGGCACUUCAGAGGCCUUAUAUGCAAAUGAACUUCAUGAUACAUUGAAAAGAAAAUAUAAAGCAGGAACAUACAAGAGUAUGGUGAUUUAUAUUGAAGCUUGUGAAGCAGGAAGUAUGUUUGAAGGUUUACUAAAACCUGGAAUGAAUAUAUACGUAACUACAGCAUCGAAUGCUAGUGAAAGCAGUUGGGGAUACUAUUGUCCCGAGGAUGUUCCUCCUUCUCCUUCUGAAUAUACUACUUGUUUGGGUGAUUUGUAUAGUAUUGCUUGGUUAGAAGACAGUGAGAAAUACAAUAUGAAGACCGAAUCUUUAUACAAGCAGUAUGGAGUGGUGAGAAGAAGAACGAUAGCGCAAAAUACUAAUCCUGGAUCACAUGUAACUCAAUAUGGUGAUAUUAAACAACUUAAAAAUCUAUGUAUGUAUACUUAUAUAGGUACGAAUCCAGAAAAUGAUGAAUACAAGUCUUCAACAAAAACCAACUCGAAACCGGUCCAAAUGCUAUCCCAUUCUAUUAAUCAAAUUGAUACCGAUCUCAUUCAUUUCAGGCUACAAUAUCAAAAGGCUCCGGAGGGAUCUAAAAAAAAAACUACAGCUUGGAGGAAAUACAAAAACGCUAUGCAACAGAGGAAGUAUGUUGAUGGUAGUAUGGAUCUCGUUGGGAAGUUUUUAUUUGGAACGGCCGCAAAGGCUUCCAAUGUAAUAAAAGCUGUAAGGCCUGCUGGACAACCUCUUGUUGAUGACUGGAUUUGUUACAAGGCUAUGGUGGAAACAUACGAGAAACACUGUGGACCAUUUUCUCGAUAUGGAUUCAAACAUAUGCGAAGCUUAGCAAACAUGUGCAAUGUUGGUGUUAAACCGGAUAAGAUGGCUGACGCUUCAAACUAUGCUUGUACUACACUUCGCAAGGGCUCUCUUCAGCACUGAUUACAUGAGAAGUCCCAAAUUUCGUAGUCGUUGCUUUGUCACUCACUCUUUAAACCAGAAUUAGUUGUGCAAGUAUAUUGGUUGUAUUUGCUAAGAUAAUUUGAUGAAGAAAUAAAAUUUAUUGAGUUAC